ACAUUUAACUGGGCCCCUGAUAGAACGAGUUGCUACUGAGUUCAACAAGCUGCAGUUUUAUGUCACACGCAGUAAAGGUCACCCUUUAGUGGAAAAAGUAAAGCCUCGGAUUGCUGUGAUCACGACUACACUUCAGUACAGUCUGGAGGGCUCUUUCUUGUCAGGCUUGGAGACUGGCAACACUGGAAUGCUUCGCCAGUGCCUUAGAACAUAUGCACUUAUUGACAAAACAGGUGAUGCAGAAGCCUUAUUCAGACAGUAUGUGGUGCGCCCAUAUAUGGAACAGAUUAUCAAUGAGGACUUCUUGCGUCGGCAUGGUGGUGACGUCUCUGUGAUGUUUGAGCAAGUCCUGACCUUUAUCCCAGACAAAUGCUCCGUGCUGGGCAGUAUCACCACAGGCACGAGUGGUGAUAUAGUACGGGGCUAUGAUUUUAUAGUGAAUGCCGUUUUUCCGGAAAUUGUCACAAAUCUUGAGAUGAGGGUAUCCUCCAUGUUUGCACCAGGAAAUCCAGAUGCUUUCCACAAGAAAUACAGCAUAUUCAUGAGGUUUCUUGAUGCUUUUGAGCAAUGCUGUGCCUCACAAGCAAGUGUUAGGAGACUGCGACAGCAUCCCAGCUACAUGACCAUUGUUGGGAAGUGGAGCCUGCCUGUUUACUUUCAGAUAAGAUUUCAGGACAUUGCAGGAUCAUUUGAAGCUGCCUUAUGUUCUGGACUAAGCAGCCCAACAGGGCCUUCUGAGUUCCGACUGUUGUCUUCAAAUUCCUUAUGGUUGUCUCUGAUGCACUGUUGGAAUGACAGCAUCUACCUACCAACCCUGACACACAGGUUUGUGAAAUUAAAUCUGCAACUUCUGUCAAGAUACAAGACCUGGUUGGAAGAUGUUUAUCAAGAAGAGGCUGCUCGUAAAUUAGAGCACAGUAGCGAUAUGAAACAGCAGUCAGCGAUCCCAGAUAGAUUCAGCAACCCAUCACCAACUGGUAUUGGCGGGGAUCAGAGGUCAGCAUCACCCAAGACUGUAUUUACACAAGAAGCCCCUCUACGGCCGCCGAUAACCACAUCACAGAUUGUUGCUAUUAUGUCAGAUAUGGAAAAACUUUCUUGUAAGUUGCCAGAAUUAUUUGAAAGUGUGAUCAAACCAAAACUUUGUGCUGUUGGGUUUGAGCAUACAGAACUUGUAAAAGAUGCCUUACAAGAAGGUCUGGAAGCCGCCUGUGAAUGCAAACCCAAGUUUUGGAGUAUGGUGACUGAAGAUGUGAUCAAGAAGUGCAGUGUGUUCCUAACUCAGGUCAAUGAUAUUCCCAGACUCUACAGGAGAACUAAGAAGGAGGUUCCCACCAAACCAUCAACAUAUUUGUCUGGGGUUAUUAAGCCGUUAGCCCAGUUCUGUGAAGACCAUUCUACAGCUUUAAAUGAACAGCAGAGGACAGAGUUUCUUACCCAUGUAUUUGCAGCACUCAGCCAGCAGUUUGCAGAUGUGACCUCGGAAGUAAUUACAUCCACAAAGAAAAUGGAGGAGAGCCUUCGGAGGUUGAAGAAAGCCAGGGGAGGUGAAAAAGAGAAGGAGAAGACUGGAGGAGUUAGUGAUUCUGAUAAAAUUCGAACGCAGAUAAUUAUCGACAUCAAAUCAUUCCUUCAGCAGAUGGAGGCCAUGGGAGUACAGCCCAGCUGUGUGGAUGGAUACGGCAAGGUCACAUCCCUGGCCCAGGAAGCGGAAUCUGACAUGGCUCCAUCCUGA